GAAGGAAAGGAGGAGGAGGAGGAGGAGGAGGGUGACCGAGGCUCUCCUUUGCACUCUCACACAGAGCCGCCUCCCUGGUGUCACCCGCCGCCUCCACGCCGCGCGCGCUUCCCUGCUCCGCGGACGCGACAUUGUUCUUUUAAGACUCCCGGGACCUGUCAGAAAUCGGGGCUCCGGGACUUGAAAGAGACUUGACUUCGGCCCGCGACUUGCGGGGACCGCGGCACUUUCGGGGCGCGUGUGAAGGGAUUAGCUCAUCUCGCCGCGAGGUGCGAGCGCGCGCCUCCCCGCGCACGCCGGCCCCGCCGCAGCCCCGCAGGAUGACGGGGUGCAGGCGGCCCGCGGCCGUGGCGCGGCCGCUGUGGCGGCGGCAGUUCGCGGGGCGCUGAGGGCGAGCAUCGCGACGCGGACCACGCGCCUCUUUCCCCCGGCCGCGAGCCCGGGGCCUCUUGGCUUUUUGUAUUUGUUGUUGUUGUUUUCUUUCUCCAGCCGGGAGGACGCGGCUGUGAUAACGCAGGUUUUGUGUGGACAGUAAUGACCGCACGUUUCCGAUUGCCUGCUGGCAGAACCUACAAUGUCCGAGCAUCAGAGUUGGCCCGAGACAGACAGCAUACAGAGGUCGUUUGCAACAUUCUUCUUCUGGAUAAUACUGUACAGGCUUUCAGAGUUAAUAGGUGGCUGGAUCCAAACAAACCAAUAAGGAAGCAGCUAAAGAGAGGAUCACCUUACAAUUUGAACUUUAGAGUCAAAUUCUUUGUAAGUGACCCCAACAAGUUACAAGAAGAGUAUACAAGGUAUCAGUAUUUUUUGCAAAUUAAGCAAGACAUUCUUACUGGAAGAUUAUCCUGUCCUUGUAACACUGCUGCUCUUUUAGCUUCAUUUGCUGUUCAGUCUGAACUUGGAGACUACAAUCAGUCAGAAAACUUGGCAGGCUAUCUCUCAGAUUAUUCUUUCAUUCCUAAUCAACCUAAAGAUUUUGAGAAAGAAAUUGCAAAGUUACAUCAGCAGCACGUUGGCUUAUCUCCUGCAGAAGCAGAAUUUAAUUACCUAAACGCAGCACGUACCUUAGAACUCUAUGGAGUUGAAUUUCACUAUGCAAGGGAUCAAAGUAACAAUGAAAUACUGAUUGGAGUGAUGUCAGGAGGAAUUCUGAUUUAUAAGAACAGGGUACGGAUGAAUACUUUUCUGUGGUUGAAGAUUGUAAAAAUUUCUUUUAAAUGCAAACAGUUUUUUAUUCAACUUAGAAAAGAGUUGCAUGAAUCUAGAGAAACAUUACUGGGAUUUAAUAUGGUGAAUUAUAGAGCAUGUAAAACUUUGUGGAAAGCGUGUGUAGAGCAUCAUACAUUCUUCCGCCUGGAUAGACCACUUCCACCUCAAAAGAACUUUUUUGCACAUUAUUUUACAUUGGGUUCCAAAUUCCGGUACUGUGGGAGAACUGAAGUCCAGUCAGUUCAAUAUGGCAAAGAAAAGGCAAAUAAAGACAGGGUAUUUGCAAGAUCUCCAAGUAAGCCUUUGGCACGGAAAUUAAUGGAUUGGGAAGUAGUCAGCAGAAAUUCGUUAUCUGAUGACAGGUUAGAAACACAAAGCCUCCCAUCCCGGUCUCCACCUGGAACUCCCAACCAUCGGAAUUCUUCAUUCACACAAGAGGGGACCCGGGUUCGGCCGUCUUCAGUUGGUCAUUUGGUAGACCAUGUGGUUCACACAUCCCCCAGUGAGGAUUUUGUAAGUCAGAGAUCUCCAUCAUCAACGCAAGCUAAUAGCAUAGUUCUGGAGUCAUCACCAUCACAAGAGACCCCUGAAGAUGGGCAGCCACCAGCUUUACCACCCAAACAAUCUAAGAAAAAUAGUUGGAACCAAAUUCAUUUUUCAAACUCUCAGCAAGAUCUAGUCACCCAUACUAAUGAAUCCUUUGAUGUGCCCUCUUCCCCUGAAAAGUCCACUCCUAAUGGUGGCAUCCCACAUGAUAACCUUGUUCUAAUCAAAAUGAAACCUGAUGAGAACGGAAGGUUUGGAUUCAAUGUGAAGGGAGGAUAUGAUCAGAAGAUGCCUGUAAUUGUGUCCCGGGUCGCACCAGGAACACCUGCUGACCUCUGUGUCCCUCGACUAAAUGAAGGGGACCAAGUGGUACUAAUAAAUGAUCGGGACAUUGCAGAACAUACCCACGAUCAAGUAGUCUUGUUUAUUAAAGCUAGCUGUGAGAAACAUUCUGGGGAACUCGUGCUCCUAGUUCGGCCUAAUGCUGUAUAUGAUGUAGUGGAAGAAAAAUUAGAAAGUGAACCAGACUUCCAGUAUAUUCCUGAGAAAGCCCCACUAGAUAGUGUCCAUCAAGAUGACCAUUCCUUGCGGGAGUCAAUGAUCCAGCUAGCUGAGGGGCUUAUCACUGGAACAGUACUGGCACAGUUUGAUCAACUCUACCGGAAAAAGCCUGGAAUGACAAUGUCUUGUGCCAAAUUACCUCAGAAUAGUUCCAAAAACAGAUACAGAGAUAUCUCACCUUAUGAUGCUACACGGGUUCUUUUAAGAGGUAAUGAAGACUACAUCAAUGCAAACUAUAUAAAUAUGGAAAUUCCUUCUUCAAGUAUUAUAAAUCAGUACAUUGCUUGUCAAGGACCAUUACCACACACUUGUAAAGAUUUUUGGCAAAUGACUUGGGAACAAGGCUCCUCCAUGGUUGUGAUGUUGACCACACAAGUCGAACGUGGCAGAGUUAAAUGUCACCAAUAUUGGCCAGAACCCACAGAAAGCUCAUCCUAUGGAUGCUAUCAAGUCACCUGCCACUCUGAAGAAGGAAACCCGGCCUAUAUCUUCAGGAAGAUGACACUGUUUAACCAAGAGAAAAAUGAGAGCCGUCAACUCACUCAGAUUCAGUACACAGCCUGGCCUGACCAUGGAGUACCUGAUGAUUCGAGUGACUUUCUGGAUUUUGUUUGUCAUGUACGAAACAAGAGGGCUGGAAAAGAAGAGCCGGUUAUUGUUCAUUGCAGUGCUGGAAUUGGAAGGACUGGGGUUCUUAUUACUAUGGAAACUGCCAUGUGUCUCAUUGAAUGCAAUCAGCCAGUUUAUCCACUAGACAUUGUAAGAACAAUGAGAGAUCAAAGAGCCAUGAUGAUCCAAACACCUAGUCAGUACAGAUUUGUAUGUGAAGCUAUUCUGAAAGUUUAUGAAGAAGGAUUUGUUAAACCAUUAACAACAUCAUCAAAUAAAUAAAACAAAAAGGUUGGAAUAAGUACUGCGAAACUGAUUUUGUUACGUUCAUUGUGCCGUAAUACUGCUUGCAGGAAACGGCCUCUCACACAAAAAGUGAAGAACUCAAAAGACGUCGAGAACUUCAGCACUACUGCACUUUAUGUUUUAAAAAGUCACUCAAAACCUAUUACUCACAUGGUUGACCAUUUUGUGCUUUGCUCUGAACAAAGAGUGGAAACUGAAUAUGUUCAGGGUAAUUUAUGGAAUGUUGAGGUGUUGCCAUGCAGCCCCCUCGGGUAGAAUUGCCACAGAUAAGGCUCAGUAUUCUCAUCUCUUACACACCUGUACCUUGAAAGCAAAAAGGAAUAAACAUCAGGAGUCUGCUCUGGUCUUUCCCAGUGGUUCAUGUACUCUCUCUUCUGAUUAUCAGAUUUUAUUUUUCAAAUGUUAGCAAUACCAUUCUCAACAUUAGCCAGUACACUGCCUGUGGAUGCAGCACAUCUUCCCUGCCAUCCCUGUAGGGACCUGCUGUUGUGAAGAACAUUGGAACGUGCUGUUCCCAGGAAAUGCUGCACAGUGUCCAUUUACCAGCAUCUCAGAAAACUAACUAUGAAUCUAUGGAUUUUCUUGGAUUUAAUGAUGUAACUUAUAUUUAUCAUAAGGUUGGCUUAUUCCAAAUCAUGUGAUUUCACAUUCUUGAUGUAAAGGAAUGCAUGCAUCGUGUCUUAACCCCUUAAGUGCCUUGAGAUAUCUUUGUCUAAUGAAAAGGCACUCAUUUGACCCCAUAGGAGGUAUGUAUGUAUACUGUACAUUCUUAUAGUUUUAUGACUUUUUAAUAAGUUCACAGUGUUUUUAAAAACCAGCUUCUUAUGUUGAAAGUUAUACAAAGAAGGGUAAAGACAUUCUGUUUCUUACUCAGUGCUUGCUUGGACUUUGCCAUAAAAGCCAGGAUCUCUGUAUUCUGUUGAGAGUGCAUCUGCUGCUAUGGAAUUGUUCACAAUCUGUACAUUCCUUUACUGAGGGACAGGGGUUAAAGUUUAGCAGCGUAACUUGAAAGACGGUUUAUUCAAAUUUCAUAUUUACUUUAUCCUAAGUUAAAAAGUGUUGUUUAAUAUGUGUAUUAGAGAUAAAUAUAUUGGUACUCUAAGUUAUAGUGACAAAGUUAAUUAGUUGGAAUAUUAACAUCUAUAACUAAAGUGUUGCCCUGAAGCAUCAUUCUAGGUCAUAUCAGUCUAUCUUCACACUGCUCUUCUCAUUGGGAUUCUUUAUACAAGGAAUUAGACACUAUUGACUUUCUCUAAAUGUGACCCUUCAUAAUAGUAAAAUGCCAGUUUUCUUGUCAUCAUGGUUUAUAUAUACCUAUUAAAUGAUAAGCAUGUCAGUGAGUCCGUCUUGAUGGAAGAUCCAUCUCCCACUGCAGAUGUGUAUGUUUUCCUUGUUUUAAGUCUAUAGAGACAAAUUUUUAAAAUUGCCCAUUUAAUGUGAGAACUUGCUCACCUUUUCACGUGUUAUUUUAUAUAGAUAUGGUUAAAAUAGACACAUUUUCAAGUGGUUUCAGAUUACUUCUGCAGUCUUAAUAAAACAUAGGUUCCAAUCUUAGAUGUUUUGGAAUACUAUUUAGUUGGGAGAAUGAUAUACAUUUAAAAACCUUUAGUAAAAUAUGAAUUAUUGUUUCAUGUAUUCAGAAUCUAUAAUAGUAAAAUUCAGCAUUUAAAUAUUAAUUGCCAGGGUACCAAAUAAAUUGUCACUUAUAAAUAUUUUUGUCUUAUUUUUAAAGAAAGAAAUAAACAUAUCUUUACAUCAAACAGAAGUACCCCAUUCUGAUUUCACAUGCAAGACAAUUUAAGUCAAUGAACUAUAAUUUUGCUCAGACAUUCCAUUCUCUACCCAGAGGCAAAUGUAAUUUAGGAUGGUAGGAUAUCAUUACAAGUUAAAAAGGGAAAUCGAUUUGGAGAUCUAUACAUUAUAAAGCUAUUUUAUUUCAUUGGUCGAUUUUAGCUUAAAUUUUAAAUCUUGCCAUGUGGGUAGAAGGUGACAACCAUAGACCGAAAGAGAAAAGCUAUGUAGAAGGGCAAUGUCAUGAUUCAUUUGCUCUUUAAUAUAAAGCUUUGGGUACAUCUCUGUAGAUAACACUGCUGUUGGCAGUUAGCAUUGUUGCCUUUUAAGUCAGCAGUGCUUGUUUUUAAGUGACAAGGGGAGAAAUAAAUUUAAAUUUCUCAUAGCAAUUCUUGCCUGAGAACUAUACUCCAUUAGUAUUUUACAUGUGAAAACAUCCCUUUUAGAUUAUUUAUUAGGAUCCUAAGCUAAUCGUAGCCUUCACAAAUUGUUAAUAUGGAUAUGCUAAUUAAACUUUCCUAGUUACCUAACAUAUAACAGUCCUUUACAUCUAAGCAUCUAAUCAGUUUAUUAAUCUAAAUAGAUUUCUAGAAAUAAAGCUAGUUUUCAUACGCCAGGUAGUGCUACACUCCAUACAUAUUGAUGUAAUAUUGUGUGACAAUUCCCAAAUUUCUUGAAUCAAACUGCUUUUCCAUUUCACUCACCACCUGUACGUCCACACCCCGACAAACUCAAGAAAGAAUGCAUUUCUCCGGACAAGUGAAAAGUCAGUAUUGGUGAGUCUGGAGUUUUUUACAUACUAAAAGUAAAUGUGAAAAACUUCCCUCUCUAAAUUCACAUGGCUUUUCUGUUUCCUUUAUUGGGCAUUUGGUUAUGUCAGCACUGCCAAGUUGCCCUGUAGCAAUCUUUUGAAGUAGAUUUUGCAUUCACAAAAAGAAUAGGUUGUAUUUGCUAAACUAAUCCAUUCAUUCAAAAGUGAGGCAGAUUAAUCAACCCAAGAAAAGCUUGUGUGUAGCUUGCUGGGUCAAGUAAUUGGGAAAGGGUAAUGAUUGAUCAUUUUGACUUAAGAAUAAAGGUAACAAACAGUGUUUGAAAGUUGACUUCACAUGCACUUAUGCUGAGCCAUCAGGGCAGUUGCUUGAAAGUUUUGGGUACUACUGUACGUGCCUUCAUAGAGAAAGAUCAGUGCAUUGAUUUGCAUGUGUACUUCAUAAAGACAUGUCCACAGACUGAAUGGACUUUUAACCAUGGGGUUGUUUAUAUCUCUUGGCACGUCUGACCAUGUCUAAUGAGUUACUUGAGCAAAAAAUCUUUUGUCAAAAAAAAAAAAAUCUCUUGUCUCACUAGAAGUAGUACUUGAGAGCUAAAAAUUUGAAAGAUUUUGUUCAGUCUCUAUGUCCUUAUUAUUAUAGGAAGGACCACAGGCCCAGCAAUUAAUUUAGCAGAAUCUGGUCAUCUUCAGGUUUUCUAAUUCUCACUUUAGUGUUGCUGUAUUAGACUGUAACUUCAGUAAAUUGUGACUAUGAUCAGUGCUUGUAAAGUUUACCUAUUUCUACUUGGGAGGCAUGCUCAGUUGUCACUUGGAACCAGUGCCACCUUAGAAGUUUGAAAGGAGACUUCAGAAGUGAUGCCAAUUAGCAUAAGCUGUUGUGAAGUUUUUAGGCUGAUACACAUGCACUAUAAAACUGAACUGCAAGUAGGAAAGCAAUUGUAAAGCACUUAAAACAUUGAACUGAUAUUUAGAACUUAUACCUAUCUACAAAAUAAUAUAUUCAUGUGAACAUGUGAUAAGAUAGAAAUAUAGCUUGUUUAGCAGAAAGAGAGAAGGAAACAUGAACUUAUAGCAAUAUGCUAUUUAAUGUCUGUGUUUUGAAUAUUUAAAAUAUCUGAUGGUAAAGUUGCCAAAGUAGUUUUGAAUUCAUGUAAGUUGUUUAUACUACAACAAUGUGGGGUAUGUUUACAGGCUCUUUAGAGUACUUACUUUGUAGUUCUGAUGAAGUUUGUCAUUUGUAUAUAAGUCGUUUAUAGUAACUAUAUGAUGAUAAAUAUUUGCUGGAGUAAAUAUCUCAGUAAUAUAGCAAAACGUAUGUAAUCCCACAGUCUGCUUUCAUACAAGGUGCUGUGUCCAGAAAGCAAGUACUUUGUGUUACCAUUGCUCUCAUCCCACACUUGCACCAAACGUCCAACUGCCAUUCCUAGAACCAUGUGUGGUGCUUCCUCCAAGUAAAACAGCUGUGUUCUCAUAACUAAGUGGAUUGAAUUUAUCAACUAUCAGAAAUACUAACCUAUUAACAGAUAUUUGUGUCUCAGUGUGAUCACAAAGUGUAGCAACUUUCAUGAAAUUCUUAGAGAAUUACUUACAUGCAAAGAAAUUUAGGUAAUUCUAAAACUUUUAGAGGGCUAAUUGCUAAUAGAUAAUUUCAUCAAUUUUAAGAGUAAAAGAAAUCAAUCCCAGAAUUACAUGUUUUGGGUUCGGCUUUUUACCACAUUUCUUAUUUUGCAUGGAUUUCAUUUACUCUUAGUAGGAGUUAUUUUAUUUCUCUAUGUUGACAGAAACAACAACCCAUAUAUUCCAGCCCACAAUUACUUGAUUUUCAUGCCUUAUUGAAUUCUUUUGAGUAGAUACCAUAAGGUUAUUUUCUGUUUCCAUAUACCAAUGUGCUGCUGCUUAUUUACAUUUUUCUACUAUGGUAUACUGUUGUUUUCUAAAGUCAUUGUUUAUUUUUUUAGUCCUCCGAAGGUAAAUGGGCAGCCAUUAGUCAUAGCUGCUUGAUGGCAGCCCAUCUAUAUUGGCUAGGUAUGGCUAAGUGCAUAAGCAAGUACACCAUUUGCAGAAAAGUAUUAGCAAUAUUGCAAGUUAAAACUAUACUGUUAAGGAAGAGUUCAAACGUUUAACUUCCUGGAGCCUUGUAAAAUUUACAGUGUAAAGAUGAAAAAGAAAGCCUUGUUAAGGUCAUAAAAGUUUCAAUUAAACACUGUAGAGUUUUCCUAUUAUGUAAAUGAUAUAUAGAAAAUAUUUUUCUAUGAACAGAAGGUUAAAACUGUUAAAUUUAAUUUCAUUCCUUAAAAGGGAUAAAACAAUAAUUGUAUGUCUUUCAUGCUGUAAAGAAAAUGAAUGUAUCUUUCAAAUGUUAGAGUUGUUACUUGAUUCUAAGUAUAUGUGUUUUAGAAAAGAAAUCUGCAAAGGGUUGAAAAGAAGAGUAUUACAAGUCAUUAUGUAAAAUGCAAUGUUGGAAGAAAUGGAAUUUCAUUAUAAAUGAGCAGUCACUAUCAAAGCAUAUUUCAGAUAUAGUGUACAUUCAUUUUCACAUUGCUUUGUUUUAUUUCUAGAAAUGUUUCUUAAAAAUUGUAUAUACUGUUUUGACUGUAACGUAAUUGAUUUCUUGUUAGUAAUUGAUUUCUUGUGUUAGGCUCAGUGCUCUGCUGUGUGUGUUCACCAUGGAGGAAAGUUCCCAGGCUUUGUCAGUGUUGCAGCCACCAGUAGGGUAUCAUUGUGAGAAUGUGAAACCCAUGCCUAAGAGCCACUGCCGUAAUGAUGUGCAGAGGCCUCUGACUGUGCUAAUGUGUUUCCCUUUUUAUCUACAAUGACAUGAAUAGUAAGACUACUGGACCCAACGCUCCUGACUUGUAACAGUGGUGGCUUGUAUGCUUUCAGCUUUAUUCAGCUGAGUGAAGACUCUUUAAACCAGUGCCCAUAGGUGUGAGUGAUUUGUUCAAUAGCUUCCUUAAAUCUAGUAUUUACCAGUUAUUAAACUUGAUGAAAAUUGGGAAUUCAUUGUUUUGACACUUUUCUAGCCAUCCAUACUUAUUUUAACUUAUCAUAAUGUACCCCAAACAACCAAAAAGUGAUCCAUGGUUAGUGUCAUAUUUCCUCUACCCCAGCAGUUACAAAGUUUAGCACUGCUAAAUAACUGAUGACUUAGAAGUUGUAGUGUUAAAUACCGUCACUGCCAAGGAUCAUCAAGGAGAUAGCUUUCUUUAACCUUUGGCCCAGAUAGUUGCUGCUUCCUGGUUUCUCUAGAUGUGUUAUAUAUCUGGUAUAUGCCUUCAUAUCCCCUCUAGUCACAACUGGGCCUAGUUUACCCUUUAAAAGUUUUUUUGUUUUCCACUCAUAUACUAUUCCAGUUAUCUUCCUUCCAGUGGAAGGAAGAUUCAGCCCAAGAUUCUCUGGAUUCAUCUUUUCCAGUAUUUGAAUGAGUUAGCAAGAUUCCUCAUUCCUGAAUCUUGUAGAGUGGGUCCUUUUUCAGUGCUAAAAUUCUUUUCAAAUAGCACUUUAUUUCAUGCUUACUACUGAUUUAAUUUAUACAUUAAAAAUAUCUAUCCUAGAGUUUUGUAAAUACAGAAAAGCAAUUGAUUAGUAGUAGGUAGAGUUUAUUAGAUUGGCCCCAAGUUUAAAUGCUUUAUAAUGAUCUCUUGAUAGCUUCUUUGAUAUUUAAAAGGUAACCUAUGUGAUUUUAGCUCUGCCGUUUUCCUGUAAUUUGUAUAAUACAGUAGAGGCUGCCCAGCUGACUAUAUUGCUGGACUUAUUUCUCUCAGCUAGCUUCAGCCAAGCUUGGUUACUAAAACUGUUUUUCUGCUCUGCGUUUUGGACAUCACAUGAAUAUUUGGAAAUCUGUUGGUUUUCAGUGUAGUACCUAUAAAGAUUUAGUAGAUACUGCACCACAAGUUCAUUGUUUAUAUGAAAGAUAAAGGGCAGAAUUUAUAAUAUUGUAACAGUUUAUAUUAAGCUGUUUUCAUAAUCUGCCAGUACAGUACAUCUGCUGUAAAAGUAUAAAAGUUGUCUACCCAGUGGUCUCCAGCAUCAGAACCAAUUCUAAACUAUGCUGUGGACUUUUCAAAUAAGAAAGGCUAGUUAUUGUCUUCUACAGGGUAGGUUAACCUUAGGACUGAUAGCUUAUACUUAUCAGUACUGUUUUAAACAGGAGUUUAAAAAUUAUUUUUAUGUAGAGGGUAUUUUAAUUUGGGAACUUUCUUUUCUUGUAAUAGGUGCUAUAUGUAAAUAUGGAGUGAGAAUUUGCUUGGUUAAAGAUCUAGUUUAUUUCCUUAUUAAAAUACUUUUCAUUUCUGUUUCUAUUUCAUGGUUUGUACUAAACUAAUAGCAAAAUAGAAUUAGUCCUUUAAAGUUGUAGACUACCUUUUCUCCCAGUUGUACAAACAUAUUUCCAUAUGGUUUGAUCUCAGAUUAAGAGGCAACGAAGGUAAGAAUGAAAACAUAAAGUACAUAAGCUUGAAUUUGGUCAACACUGGACUAUUAGAAAUGAUCACUGUGCACUUGUCACUGCAGUUUACUGUGUGUCUGAAAGGCAUUGUGUGUGUGUCUUAAUUUCAGUGAAAAUUAGAAUUCCUGCCAUUCAUGUUUAAACAAUCCACACAUACCAACAGUGAACAGGAUAAAAAUGCUGGUUUGCAUUGAAACUGUUUUAGUCCUAACCUCAAUUUAUAUUAUGCAAAACGCAUUUACAGAUAUUUUGUUGGUUAUAUUUCAUUUUGAUUUAGUACUUGUUCAGGUACAAAUGUGAAACAAACAAAAAAAAAACACUUAGCUGUUAAUGUUCAAUUGAAAAAUAAAGAUGCGCUUUAG